CCCCCGAGAAGGUGGUUCAGCUGGGAGACGAAAUAUCCCGCCUCACCCUCUUCGACGCACAGAAACUCGUCGAAUACCUACAGGACAAGCUCGGAGUCUCCGCUGCUAUGAUGGCUCCGGCAGCCGUAAUCGCUGCUCCGGGAGGUCCGGGCGCAGCAGAUGCCUCCCCCGUCGUGGAAGAGAAGACGGAGUUCGACGUCGUGAUCGAAGACGUGCCUAGCAGCUCGAGAAUUCCUACGAUUAAAGCGGUUAGGUCUUUGACGAACCUUGCGCUGAAAGAGGCGAAGGAGUUGAUUGAAGGUUUGCCGAAGAAAUUCAAGGAGGGAGUGUCCAAGGAAGAGGCUGAAGAAGCGAAGAAACAGCUUGAAGCAGCCGGAGCAAAAG